AUGAAUUUCCAUGAACGCAACCAGGUCUCUGGAAAUACUACUGGACAGCAGACUCCAGCCAUGGAAGUUACUAUCCCCGCCAGCUUCAAGUCCCGUCAUCACUUGAAGAAAACGCAAGAGAAGAUCCUCACCAACAUCAAGGUGAAGCGAGAAGAUUUCAGAACCAUGGAAGCCAAAGAUAUCCAGCAAAGAACCAAGGACCUUGACGAGACAUCACGCAAGUCCAAAGUGGCAGUCGAGAAGAUGUCAGACGCGAUCACUCUCUUCUACGAUGAUCGCGUCGAAAAUCUCUACCAGAAGCGCAAGGCGGCUUACGAUUCGCUCGAAGGACAGGAAGACUACAAGCUCAAGCACUUUCUCGUCACACUUCGAUACAGCGUUGGCCUUCGCGUCUGGUGGAUGAAUCAACGCAAAUACGCAAAGAUUCAGGAGUUGCAGGAUGCUGUCGACAAGCUCAAAAUGUCUUGCUUCAUGGCUAGGUUGACUGAUGGGGGCAAGGAGCCCAACAAUGUUUUUACCUUUGCCUAA